AUGGAAGAAAUUCACGAGAAUCAGUUAGGUGAAGCGUUAUCGUAUCAGUUUGAACCUAUUUUAAACGAAAAUAGUGGUAGCAGUGGGGCAGAGAUCAGAGCGAUUGAGAGUGAGUCAUCCUCAGACGACGUCGACUUCGAUGAAGCAUUCGAGGUUGAGAAUAGCUGGCGUCUUAAAUCGCUCAGUUGGUGUAAGUGUGGCCACUGUACCUUGCAAACAAAGACAAUAGAAAGCUUUUGCUGCCACGAAAAGGCUUUAGAGUAG